UUAUUUUUCAACUUGUGUAUUCAAUUGUUUUGUAUUUGAUUUUGAUUAAUUAAUUGAUUUAGUUUAGUCGGUGAAGAUAAUUUAUGAUUGGGUUUUGAUUAGUUUAACUCUUUGGCCAUGGGAACUCCUAUGGAAAUUUCUUCAACCACUCCUGAUGUUCAUGGUUUCAUUGAUUUGGUUUUGAAAACCGAAUCACUGGAAUCAACAUUUGCGGGUUUCAUUAUUGAAUCAACUGUUAACAAUGAGUUGAAGAUGAAAAGCUAUGAAGAGAAAAUGACUUCUCUAGUUAUAGAAUUGGAUUCUCCGGAAAAGAUUGAGUUCAUGUUACGAGAUUAUAUCAAUGAAACUGCUUCGAUUCCUAAUGUGAAUAAAGUUAAAUUGUUACUUGGCAUGUUGGAAUUUGCUAUCAAUAAUCAUCUACUACCUGCCAAAGCGGUUUGUGAGGCUAUUCUUAAUUCUAAGCAUUUACAUAUUGGGAAGCAAAUCUUUUUCUGUGAAUCGUUUGAAUUAAUUCAUCGGAUAGUUUCUCAUGUAGACUAUAAAGGUGUCAGAGACAUCAUAAAGUUCAUGAUUGAGAAAAUGCAUACAAUCCCUAUCGAUGCAAAUAUUGCUAUUCUACCGCAACUUGAUGUUAUGAGAAAGGUUCUCGACUAUACUCUAAAUCGCAAUUCUUCACUUUUACCUGCUUAUUUGGCUUUCGAUGAGAUUCAAAAAAAGUCUGACAAAUGGAUGCAUUGGAAAUUCGCUGAUUUGAUCUCAUUUUACGUGGAAAGUUUCCGUCCAGUUGCUCAAAUUGUUUCCAUUAUCGGUCGAUCCAAACUUUUACCUAUUGUUGGCUAUUCGUCGACACUCAAUCAAUCCUGGCAACUAAAUCCAGUCUCGGCGAAAUUUCAACUUAAAGGACUUUUACCUUACAGUAAAGAGCUAACCGAACCUCAGACCAGCAUAUUGAAGUAUGUUCUUGAACAGCCUUAUUCUCGGGAUAUGAUUUACUUUAUGUUAAGUUUAACAAGUAAAGCUAAAUCUCGAUGUCCCAUUUUGGAGGAGCAGUUAAUUUCAUUGAUUGUCAUGGCCAUGGAAAAAUCUGAAUCUGAACAAUUGACCGCCGAUGGUACUGAUAGUGCUAGUCAAACAUUAUGCUUAUGGCAAAUACUUUCCUGUCAUUUGAUUACCUUUAUUAUUUUAAAUCACAUCAGUUUCCCUCAAUUGGUUCGUACAUUAACCGAUCUAUUGGCGGCUAGAAAUUUAAGAAAAGGUCGUGAUCAUUUAAUGUGGGUUCUUCUUCAAUAUAUCUCUGGAUCAAUUCAGAAAACACCAUUAGUUGAUUUUCUACCCUUUCUCAAACUUCACGAUUUACUUUAUCCAGAGAAAGAUCCUCUCCCGGUUCCCGAUAUCACCAAGUCUAUAAGUACUCAUGGUUUUGCCAUUUCCUCCAUUUGGGUUAGUUUAAUCAAAAAAGCGGAAAGUGAUCCUCAAAAAUUAACUAGACCAAUACCCAAUUGUCUUAAAUUGCACAUUGAAUUCCUUCAACAAGCCAUUUUGUCCAACAAUUUAGCGGCAAGUUUAGGUGCUGACUUUAAGAUUCCCGUUAUUUGCAAUGCUUAUUCAACCGUCUCAGAAAACUCUACUCGGACAAUGACCAUCAUGAUUGAUUCAAUCAAAUCAAAUUCUAGAAGUGGAGGAUCAAACAAUGGCCAAGUCGCAAUGACACCGCUUUCGGUAGCCUUAUUGGACUCGAUAACUUUACACACCAAGAUGAGUUUGAUACAUUCAAUUGUGAACAUUAUCACCAGAGCAGUUAACAGUAAAGAUGCUUCAGCAAUCUCACCCGCCUUAGCGGAAACUUAUGCUCGAUUAUUGAUUUACAUUGAACUUGAAACACUCGGUAUUAAAGGUUUCAUUCAAGGAUUAAUACCAAAUGUGAUUAAAAUGCAAUGUUGGGGUGUCUUAAAUAUCCUACUGGAAAUGUUUAUCCAUCGAUUACACCAUAUUUCCGCACCCUAUCGAGUACAAUUUCUAAACCAACUUCACCAUUUAGCUAAUUUACCUCACAGCAAUCAAAUUCAACUAAAUUCAUGCAUGGAAAGUACUGCUCUUAAAUUGAUCAUGGGAUUUACAUCAACUGAAGUUCUUCUUAUAACUCAACUUAAUCGCUAUCAAAAUGAACCCAAGAUCAGGAUAUCCCCUGAUUCUGAAGAGUUGAACAAAGUUUUAAUUCUAACAUUGGCUCGAGCCAUCCAUGUAACGGGUUGUGAUUCUCUUGUCGAAUGGUGUAAAGAAUUACUUGCUAAUAUAAUGCAAAGUACUCCACUUAACUGGUCAAGUUGUACACUUAAAUGUUUCCCUCCGGCGAUUACUGAAUAUUAUCAAAAGUUUACCACCGUCAAGGAAGAUAAAGACACACUGAAACAAUCAGUUGAAGAGGAAUAUCGUAAAUGGAUAACCAUGUCCAAUGAGAAUGAUAUUGUUCAACAUUUCUCAAUACAAGGAACAACUCCAGUCUUUUUAUGUCUUUUAUGGAAAAUGUUACUCGAAAAUGAUCGAAUCAAUCCAAUUGCGUACAAAAUUCUGGACAGAAUUGGAGCCAAAUCUUUAUCAGCCCAACUCAGAGUCUUAGCCGAUUUUCUUGUCUACGAAUUUUCAAAUCUCUGUGGUCAACACAAUUGCACCAAAUAUGUCGAUAAACUAAACGAUCUUAUCUGGAAAAGUCACAUUAUAACAUUGGAUAGAUUUUUAUUGUGUUUGACUUUACGAGCAUACGAAGGAAAUGAAGCUCAAGUUUCUCUUUUUAUCAUUCAAAUGUUAUUGUUGAAAACAAGUGAUUUCCCUAAUCGAGUUGCUGAUUUUGUCAGGGAAAUGUCACCAGAACAUUGGAAACAAAAUAAUUGGCAUGAGAAACAUAUCGCUUUACAUAGAAAAUAUCCUGAAAAGUUUUACUUUGAAGGUCUCGCUGAUAUAAGUGGACAGAAUAUGCAACAUUCUUACUUACCAACUUAUUUUAGUAACAUUUGCCUUCGAUUUCUUCCUGUUCUCGAUUUGAUUACCCAUCGUUACCUUGAAUUACCAACGGGAUCACUUCAAAGUCCACUCAUUGAUACUUUACUCGAAAAAUAUGGUUGCCUGUACAAAUUUCAUGAUAGACCGAUAACUUAUCUUUAUGAUACACUUCAUUACUAUGAGCAUAAGCUUCGAGAGAGGCCAGCACUCCGUCGGAAACUUGUAUCAAUUGUAAUUGGUGCAUUUAGAGAUAUUAAACCAAAAGAUUGGUCAGUUACCGAAGCUUAUCUUAACUAUAUGAGACGUCCAAAUGAGGAUGUAGCUUGGACUCCCGAUUUAGAUUAUUAUUUCAAGUUAAUCAGCAGGUUGGUUGAUACUUUCCAAGGUAAAUCUCCUUUCCCUCAAGUUGACUGGCGGUUCAAUGAGUUUACAAAUUGUGGUGUUCACGCUCUUCAUAUUACCUGUAUUGAACUGAUGGCACUUCCAGUGGCAGCUGAUGUUGUUGCAAACAAUUUAAUUGAUCUUGUGGUUGUUGAUCAUAAAUAUAUUCCUCGAAAUGCUAUUGAACAUUGGAACAAUGCAAUUGGUAUUGUGUUGACCGCUCUCCCUGAGCCCUAUUGGUCUGUUCUCAAUGAUCGUAUCAUCUCAAUGAUGGAUAAUCCACUUUUAGCUUAUUCUCCUCAUUCUGAACCUUUCCAUCUGAUGAACUUUUCCGGUAGCCAUAGGUCAAUGUCAGAAAUGCAGCCAAGCUACUUGAUUGCCUUGAGCCAUUCAUUUUUCCAUCAUGCAUCAAUCGGUCAAAUUACACCGAUACCCCAAUUUUUACGUGAACGAGUUAAACCAGUGAUUAAAACGGAAGAGCAGUUACUUUUUAUCAUGCACAUUGUUUGCCCAUUUUUACAGCGACUUUGGGCUGAACGGACACGUAAAGCAAUGGAAAUUACCAUUGAAUUAUAUUCACUUCUUGAAACUAUUGAUAAUGAGAAAUUAUGUCCCAAUCUCCGUUUCAUGGAUCCUAUUUCUGACCUUUUGUAUCACAUGAAAUAUCAAAUUACUGGUGAUAUAGUUAAAAACGAUAUCGAAGGUAAAAUUCGUAAUCUAAGGCCAGCAUUACAAAAGCGACUUCGUUUUAUUACCCAUCUUAACAUUGAACCAAAUGCAACAUAACCCUCAUUCCAUUAUCUAUUAUAAUUAUCAUCAAAUUGUCACAAUUUGUUGUCCAAAUCACCGUCAAAAUAUUAAUAACCAUCAACAAACAUCAACAACAGACAACAACAAGUAAACAAACAUAAACAACUCAAAUGUACAUAGUAAACAAUUGUAAAUGUAAACAAUUCCUAUUGUAAUUUAUAUUAAUCGUACAGUGAACAUUUUUGAAAUACUAUUUAUAUCAAAGGAAGGAGAAAACAAUCAACAUUGAUUCAAAUUAUAUUGAUUGAUUGAUUUUAUCAUCAGUUAAUCUACUAUGAAACAAUUAAUGUAGACGAUAAAGUUGAUAAUUAACAACGUAACAAAUUAUGAUAA